AUGGCAACAAAAGGUGUUUGGCAGCUGAAGCAGGUGACGAUCCGUUACUGCCAGCACAGUGGCAGCAGUCGCUAUGUCCGGCAGCUGCUAAGCGAUGAUCGCUUUCACAAGUUUGUCGAGGAAAAUCCACAAGUGCACUUUAAGACGGAACUCAAAGGCGCCCGCCACCCCAUUCUCGUUGGGGAAUAUGUGACAAACCAGCGUAAAGUGUCGGACAUUAAGAAUCAGGACAUAAACUUCAUCAUGAAGCAGCUGCAGCGUCUUCGUGACUCAAGUGGCCGCAAGAUGACGCAUAUCAAGAAGCCAGUCAUCUCAAAGCGUAUAUCCGUUCAGGGCAUCUGGCAGCCGACACUCAACUUUCCUGAGUUUAAAAUUAGCGACCGCAUAUAG